UAAGUUGUAAUUAUACAUUUAUUUUGUAAGUACCACAGCGACAGAUAACAAAUAAUCGUACUUCCUUUUUCUUGAUUAUUUUAAUUAUGGAGAAAGGGCUUAGGGAUGCGAUGCGACAACAAAUUAACUUAUCAAAUGAUAAUGUUAUGCUUGUUUUAUUUUCUUGACACACAGUGGCACAUUGUCAACAGUUGAGUACACAGUCUUCCAGGAAUGGUUUGAUUAUCUCAUGACAACUGAGAAGCCACAAGUAGACUUGAUAGUUUAUCUGAGAACAUCACCAGAGAAAUGCAUGGAGAGAAUAAAAAUGAGAAGCAGAGAUGAGGAAACUUCUGUAUCAAUGGAGCUUUUAAAUUCUUUACAUGAGAGAUAUGAAGAAUGGCUUAUAAAAAAGGACAAAUUCUAUAUUCCAGCUCCAGUCGUGGUGGUAGAUGGAAAUAAAAGCUUAGACGAUAUGUUUCAGUUUUAUGAAACAAACACUCAGCUUCUCCUUGGGAUCAACGUUUCAAAAACAGAAUGACAUUACAGUUUUAUAGAGAUUAUCCUAUCAUUUAAAUUUGCACAAAUUACACUGUAUAUACAUGAACAUGUAUAUAUUAAUAAUUUGUAUUUGUAUGUAUCUAUAUUAUUGCAAUUUAUAUUAUAAAGCUUUUAAUAAUACACUAAAGAAAAUAAUGUUUGCCACCAAGCUUGCAAAAGCCUGCAUGUUACCCUGGAGAUUUCCAUCCAAUUUAACAACAGUUCUAUCACUCCCGUGUUUUGUUUCUUUUGUACAUAGAUGUGAUUAGAGCAGUUGUACGGAAGAGAAUUGUUUUAUAUGUGAAUUGUAACCAGUGGUUAGGCUUGUUCAAUUUUUUGCAAAAUUUGCAAGUGACAGUGCCUGCUCAGAAGCUUUAUCAUUAGUAACACCAAUAUUAAUUAAUAAAGACACGCUUUUAUAUUUAGAAAUUCAGGAUACUGAAAUGUGUUUGCUCUUUUACAUCUACCUUCAAGUCUUAUAAGUUCCUUUGCUUCUAUUUUUUUAAAUCAGUUAAAUAUUUUGUAUAAAUAUUUAUCAGAGUCAAUCACAUUGAAAAUCUCCUAGGGCAAUCAAUGUCCGUGUUUAAUGUACCUUUCAUAAUUCAGAAGUAUAUACAAACAUCCAGAUUUCUUUCAUUGCUUACACUACAGUAGGUAAGAUUAUUAGACAAAAAAAAAAAAUUAUUAGACAUUUAAAUAUUUCUAGAAUCUUAUUUUCUUUCACAGCAAAUAGUCCUUUCUUACAGUUCAGUUAUGUUGUAAUGUUAAAUUUUAAUCAGUUCCUUAUAAAUGCUUUUCUUAUUGUAAAUCUUAUUCAAUUAAAAUUGAAUAUUAAUUUUAGAAAGAGAGUUAAUACCUUGCCUUAAAAUUCCAACAUUGAGGAAAUGAGAUUGUAGAAUGUCUGCACAGUGUCAUCUCCUUUUUAUCCCAAUAGUUUAAUAAAAUUUCUGUAUUUCUUGUUUUA